AUGGAUGAUACAGCACAGAGUAGGGCAUCUGAUGCCGCGGCGACUAGAAAACGCAGAUCAUCAAUACUGAAGAGCCAACGUCCAGCCCGCACCCCAUUCUCCGAGCUCGAGUUUAAUGUUGCCACUCCGACUGACACCGCUAAGAGUCGAAGAGUCAGCUUUUCUAGAAGAACGGGUGUUGCCGAAUUCGUAACGAACGAAGCGACGACAACUUGGAAGAAUUUUUACGAGGAACAUAAUAAAUCGCUAGAAUCUUCCAGUAACGAUUCCGAAGCCAAUGCAUCUAGACAGCCUGUAGGACAUUUAGGGAAACGAAUAUUUGAUCAACAAUUUGAAGAAGUUGAGGCAGUCGACUUCAUAGGGAACGUCAACCCUUCACUUAUGUCCAAUGGCUCUUUAAACAACAUCAAUUUCACCCAACAACUUGCUUCCCUCGACUGUACAACGGACACCAAACUCACAGCUCCCCUAAAUAAUUUCGAACUAAGCACUUUUACAGAACAGCAGAGUAAACUGUUCGGAAAUGACUUCGUUGCGUCCACCAUAGGUGAGAACUCCGGUCGUAUCGAUGUUAAUUUCUCAAAUAUACAGGAGAUAGGUCAGAAAGACGAUCUGGAUGAGAUUGAGAGGGAUUUAGAGAGGGGACCUAGUAAUAUGGGGUGUCACGGUCCGUUUAGCAGUCGACAGAGUUUGUCCGAGUAUAUUGAAGUUGAUCUUAACAUGACACACGUCGCGCGCAAUGAUGAGGACAUGUCUAUCACAGACACAAUCCACAGUCCCGUUCAAGAUGUUUCCAAAAGUACUUCGAUAGAUAAGAAAGUUAGUCUAAAUCCUGAUUGGGUAGCUGAUAAAGAGAAUAUAGCUGUUAAUCCAUAUGUUACACCUUGCGAAGCGGAUAAUUUCGCCGUCCAUGAAGAACCGAAUCAAGUCCUGGUUUUCGAUGGUAAGCGCUUAACUUUGCAGCCUGAUAAACCGGAGCCAGAAACUGAGAAGAAUUAUAGACAGACUCUUUUGCCGUCAACCUCUUUUGAAACUCCUCAAAGAAAGACUAUAGUGCUGAACGUAAACGAUGACUUGCCUAAUUUUGUCGAUGAUAUGCUCAAUUCGAAAUGUGAUAACUCUGCGUUCGUUAGUAGGGAUGGCGGCUCUACUUCCUUCGCUGUUGAUGUUCCAAAGAAAGCUGCUCUUAACCAGACUGGUAAUAUAUCUAUGACCCAAGCUUUGCCGACUAAUAUCAUAAGUGAUACCGCGGUUGCGAAUGAAGGUUCGAGUAAACGACGAACCAUAGUGUUUAACGAAAGUAUGGGCAAUAUAUCUGUAACACAGUCUUUGCCAGCUAAACUAUUUUGCGACCCCGGUCCAAGUGAAAGACGUCGCACUGUUGUGUACGAGAAUGACACUGGAAACAUAUCAAUAACACAGGCCGUUCCUACGAAUAUUCUGGUUGAUGAAACUUCAAAUAGAGGGAAGCGAAAGACGAUAGUUUUUGAAGAUGCUCAAGCGAAUAUAUCAAUCACACAAGCGUUGCCUAGUAACGUUAUUCUGGAUAAUAACACUAAAGAAAAACGUAAAACUAUAGUUUUUGAAGACGAACAAGCCAACAUAUCUGUUACGCAGGCGUUACCUAGUAACGUUAUCCUGGACAGCGCAAAAGAAAAAAGAAAUACCAUUGUUUUUGAGGAUGCUCAAGAGAAUAUUUCGAUCACACAGGCGUUACCUAGUAACGUUAUUCUGGAUAAUAACACUAAAGAAAAACGUAAAACUAUAGUUUUUGAAGAUGAACAAGCCAACAUAUCUGUUACGCAGGCGUUACCUAGUAACGUUAUCCUGGACAACGCAAAAGAAAAAAGAAAUACCAUUGUUUUUGAGGAUGCUCAAGAGAAUAUUUCGAUCACACAGGCGAUACCUAGCAACGUUAUCCUGGAUAAUAACCCUAAAGAAAAACGUAAAACUAUAGUUUUUGAAGAUGAACAAGCAAACAUAUCUGUUACGCAGGCGUUACCUAGUAACGUUAUCCUGGACAACGCAAAAGAAAAAAGAAAUACCAUUGUUUUUGAAGAAGCUCAAGAGAAUAUUUCGAUCACACAGGCGCCACCUAGCAACGUUAUCCUGGAUAAUAAGACUAAAGAAAAACGUAAAACUAUAGUUUUUGAAGAUGAUCAAGCGAAUAUAUCUGUUACGCAGUCGUUGCCUACCAACGUUAUCCUAGAUAACGCAAUAGAAAAAAGAAAAACUAUAGUUUUCAAUGAUGAUGCAGGCAAUGUAUCCAUUACUCAAGCUUUGCCUGCUAAUAUAAUGUUGCCUGAACAACCGGCGCAGGAACGACGCCGCACGAUCAUUUACGAAGACGACAUAGGCAAUAUUUCAGUAACACAAGCUUUACCAACGAAUCUAAUACUCGAACAAGAAGACCCCGUACCCGAAAGAAGACGAACAGUCGUCUAUGGUAACGAAACUGGCAACAUCUCCAUCACACAAGCUCUACAAUCGAACGUAAUUCUAGAAAGAGUUCAAAUUACCGAUCAAUUUAAUUUCUUUGCUACCAACAUUCGAUGCUCACCUAAAGACAGUGAUAAAAGAAGGAGGACGAUUGUCUACGAAAAUGAUACUGGCAACAUUUCUAUCACGCAAGCGAUUCCCGCCCCUAUUAUAGCUGAGAGUAGCGAGGAGAGUUGCAAGACAAGUAGCGAUGAUAUCUCUUUUACUAAGUUAUUGGAGAAUCCCAAACGAACGACUGUUGUCGUCGAUAAAGAAGAUGAUGAUGUGUCUAUGCCCGAAGCGGUGUCCUCAAAAAUUAUCGAUGAGACUGUUAGUAUGAAAAAGACUAUUGUUUUUGAUGAUGAUGAAGCUGAUGAAUCGAUGACUCUUGCGUUAUCUACCAAUGUCUUCCUUCUGGACAAACUAGAUUCAGCAGUCGAACAGAGUGUUAAACUGCCAGAGAUAGUUGAGGAGGUGGAUGAGAAUGUGAUCAAUUAUGAGACGUAUGAAGAAAUGCCAGUGGCAAAAGAAGAAGCGCCUUUGGAUAAUAAAAAUAAUGUACAUUCACACGAAGAAGAUGGUAAUAUGUCCAUAAUAGAAGCUAUAGCGAAAGUAGAAGUACAAGAAGAAGUUAAAAAUACUGUUCUAUACGAUAAUGACGAUAGCUGUAACAUGUCGAUUACAAAACCCAUACCAGCAGAGUUAGUACAUCUUGAAAAUGAAAUUAUGAACAAAUCAAAAUGCGCGGACAAUCUAGAGACUGGGAAUUCGACGAAUCCACCCACAGAUGUCUUAGUGUACCAAACAGCAACGGCCAAUAGUGCGCCGCCGGCUUUAACUGAACAAGGGGACCUGAAAAACCAAUCAGUGACUAGCGCUACGGACUCCAAGAUAACAACUUCAGAUAAUAAAGAUUGUCCUGAGUCUGUAGAAGAGUUGAACAGUGAGGAUGUCUCGCUCAUGCACCCGAGAGUGGCCGAGCGGAGUGACCAAUUAGUUCUUAAAACAAACAAUUCAGCAAUGGCCGUUGACGAGAAAACAGACGAUGCCCCUGAAACAAAACCUGAAAGUGUAGAAUUGAAAGAAUCGGUAAAAAUCGAGAGCGGGAAGUCUGUACUCGAUGCUCUACUCGAUAUGUCCAUCACUGAGGGAGGCACGGAGGAUAAGGAUCUAAUGACCCAGUUAGACUCAACGCAUACAGUUUCAGAAAAGAGGGAUGAUAAGACAAGUAAUAUUUCUAGCGAAAGCAUGUUUUAUGUGACGAAAGAUAGCGAGGAUGACAUACAGGCUGAUAGAGAUGGGAAGAGCCCUGAGGCAUCGCUUAAAGACAAUCCGUCGACCCCAAUAGCAUACAAAGAAGACGACGAAGAAAUCAGUAGCCUUGAGAAGAAGAUAGAACAAUUAAAAACAUCAAUAACAAAAGUGAAAGAUUCUUCAAUAAUAAACGAAUUUUACGAGAGAGUCGUUAACUCGGAUAUCCAACAUGCCGUCAGAGAAGAAGAGAAAUCCAAAAUACGGGAGCGGAGUGAGAUUUUCAAAAAAGCUAACGAUACUAAGGAGUUGCUGGAUAUGAUAUCCGAUUUUACUGAAAAAGACGAGGACGAAUAUCAACCGAUUGUCAUGAAAGUCAAAGGUCCACCGCCUGUAGAGGAUAAGGCUGAGGUGGUUGAGCCUAAAAGGCUGAGUUUUGCUCCAAAACGCCAGUCUAUUGUACUGAGUAGAGAAGAUUUGUUGAAUAACAUCUCCAUGGCGCAAGCAGCGCUGCAGAAGUCGCGGUUAGCGCUUGAUGACAGCGAAUGCGUGGAUGAUACUAAAGAUUCCUCAACUGCCUCGUCCAAAAAAGCUGAUCGCACGAGCAAUGAAGUCGUAAAGACUUUGCACUUUGACGAUGAGUCUCUGAGCGAGAACGACAUCAAGGCAGAUAUAAAAUACUCCCCUCUAAAGAAAACUGCUUUCGGGGAAACUUCGUACAUGAUAGAAAGUAAAGCUAAAGUCAUUCCGACCUACCUGAAAGAUGUUUCGGAUGGUAUAAAGGAGCUCAUGCUGGAUCUAGUGAAGCCUAUGGCAGAUAACGUGCCGUUUGAUGGCACAGCCGACAAAGGCGUUAGGAAGAAUCCUUCGACGCAGAGCACGCAGAUACAGGCUAACCUAAUCACAUCGAGCCAAGUGGAUAUUGAUUCCGAGUUAGAUUCGUACCCUGAGUCGAAUUACGAAUCCGAUAAAAUGAGUGCGUUAGCCGGUCAUACUCUGAAUAAAUCAAGAUCGCGUUCCUUUAGGAGUCCGCUGAAGUUUACCUCUAAUUCUUCUGAAAAAUCCUCUGAAUUUGAGGUACCUAGUCCGCGACAGAGAUACAUAUUUCAUCGCCAGCCUAUAGAUCAGUCGAUCCCUUCGAAAGUGCUUGUAUUUGAUCAUUUGAAUCCUUUAAACAACAUCCUUCUAAGUACAAUGGAUUAUUCGGACGCCCACAAGUAUAAUCCUAAGAAAUCUAAUGACACAUUAUGCGGCUCUGAUCCCAGUCGGGCCGCGUUGAUUCACUUCGAAGAUAGUCGUAAAAAAGAGCAUGAAAUCGAUCUCGUGAUGACACAAUUUUGCGUGGAGUCGAGGCAGCAGGCCAUGCAAGGAGACGGCGGCUGUAAGGAAGACCAAAGCAUGCGCUCUAGUAACAGUAGACCGAUCUCAACGGACCAGACGAUAGCGGCUCAGACAUUGCAAGUCAAAGACAAUGAAGCCAACACUCUGAUUGCCAUGAAAGGCAACAAGGAGUUACUCGAAGCUAGUUCUUCCCUAACACUAGUUGACGACCCUCUCCCUCCUCGAUACUACGGAAAUAUUCACAGUCACAGCACAAUACAUUCGCAUGAAAUAACAGCAUGCCGUAAGAAAAAAUCUCCCGUCAAAGAAGAGAGCGAAACAGAGAAUGAGAAACUAGAGUCAACAGAAGAAUUGAUGGAGCAUUCUCCGUUAUGCACUAAAGCCAAAAAACGUUUAUACAGUCCGAACGAUAGAGAUAAGUAUAAAAACUCACAAUCGUCUCUUGAUGUGACGCCGAAACCGAGUACGAAAAUACAGAAAAUAUCAAUAACUCCUAAAGUAUGUAAAGUCCAAAUACAUGAAGGCAUCAAGCAUUUGGCUGCGGAGAAGGACAUAACUGAACUGCCUGAGAAGCAAGCUAACACAUCGAGGGUAAUUGAAAAACGUUCUCCGAAAAAAGAGAAAAAGUCUCCCGCGAAUAUAACUGUACAACAGUUGAUAACUGAAUAUCACACUGUGGAUUCUGGCAUUGACAAACAUUUGUUAGACGCUUUGAUGCCGAAGUCGCCGAAGUCGGAAUGCUCGAAACACCCAUCGCAGUCUGAUGUCGGCAGCAAUAGCUUGGAUUUUGUCAGCUCGUUCACUAGCAGUAAGAAUUUGAACGCGGUAGAUGUGUAUAGUUCCUCGACGCAUUCUCAACAGUUUUCGCAAGAGAUGCAAAAAGCUAGCAAGAUGGAAUGGCACCCGGAGGUGAUCAGCGCUAUAAGUUCGAAUUUGAGUGACUCUGAUUCUGGCGUCAAUGUUGUCGCUAAGAUCGAUAUGCUGCCGUUCAUGGGGAGUCAUGAAUGCGAAUGGGAGUCAUCAUCAGCCGAUACGUGGUCUUUCCGUCUCCUGCACGGUCGAUUACGACUGACCGCUCGUCUGGCGCACCGACUGGACAACGCGACCAGGACGAGGGUGCGGGGAGACACGCCAGUGCUGGAUAUUACCGUGGAAACUGUGCAACAUGACAAGAAGAAUCCAGUAGCAACGAUGUGUGUUCGCUUCGCAUGUGAAACGAUGCGCUACAUGGUGUCGCGCGCGUGCCGCGGCUCAUGCUGCGUGGCGUCAGACAUUCCUCCGUUGUUGCGUCGCUGUGCCGCUGUCGCUCGCGUCGCGUUGCGCUGGGGACGAGCCAUGCAUGACGCGAAGCUACAUCUUGCUUACACAAUGGAUAAUGAUGGAUAUUUGACGCUGAAGGUGGCGAACAUCCCGCUCCGCUCGGUGUGGGAGGUGUCGAUGCGCGUGGAGCUGGUGGUGGACGACGGGCGGGCGGCGCCGUGGCCGCGCGCCGGCUGCGUGCGCGUGGCGCGCGUCGUGUCCGACGUGCCCGUGCACGACCACGACGUCGCGCGCGCGCUCGCGCACACGCCCCGGGACUGGGGACACGCGCCGAGGACUAUCUGGCGAAUGUUCAGAUACCUGAAGCACAAGACGCGGGACGAUGACCUCUUGUUAGCGUAA